AAAAGUACAUGAUGAAAGAUUCAGUUUCUAAAUUGGAUUCAGAUUUUGAAAUAGAUUUUAAAGGACUGUAUAAAGUUACGGACUCCAUAUUCAAAACAACCAUCUAAACACCCCGUAGAUCCAAAAUUUAUAGAGGGUUGCAUCUUUAUUAGGAACAUAGGUCAGAUUUUUAUUCUUCCUAUCAUCUUUGUGUUUUCACCAUUAUUUUCUUUUCGUUUAGGGAGUUUAAUUAGAUUUGUUUGCUGGUUUUGAUUCUUCCUUGAUGUACACAUGUUAGGUUCACUAAUGAGUUCAGAAACGAACGGCAGUUCUCCUGAAAGGAAACUGAAGAAACAUCCAUUGGAAUAUGACCCAUCUGCAUCUUCUGAUGUUUUCAUGGCGAAUACACGGCAAAAGGUUUGUGUUAUUCGUGACUUUCCAGAGGGAUGCGGACCAUUCAUCAAGCAAAUUGUUUUGGCCCAUUCAAUGAAGCACAAACCCCCUUCCGCUGUCCGUGAUUUUCCUUGGGGUUGUGGCUCAGAAAAAGAAGAGGAUUAUGCACAGGUAAAACCUUUUGAAGAUGAUGUGGAGUUGCAAUCUCCAGGAGUAUUGGAAAAUUUUUCGGAGACAGAAUUGGACUGCUUCCUAGUGGAGGAAGAAGAUGAUAAAGAUUCAGUGAUGGAACAUUUUGGGAAUGAUUUGGAGUCACCACUUCAUAAAGGGCGGGCAGAUUUUGCUUAUUCAGAAUUGCCCUGUGAUGAAAAUUCUGAUAUUGAUGGAGAGUUGGAAGAUUUUGCUCCGUCAGAAUUGCCGUGUGUAGAUAAUUCGGAGGUGCUCGAAAAUUUUGCUAAAUCAGAGUCACCUGGUUUGAUGAUGGAAGACUUUGAUAAUGUUGGAUUGCAGAAGCCAUCAAAAAAUUUGGAAGAGAAGAGAAUCAAAUAUUAUCCUCCUUGGCAUUUGAGAGGCAUUUCGGCUGUGCGAGACUUUCCUUUGGGUUGUGGAAGAAAGCCUAGGGUGUUCAGGGAUGAUACGGAAAACCAGAGCCAUGAAUUUCAAGUUGAAAUCCAGCCUGAGAUGAUGCCGAAAAUGGACGAUACAAAGGAAAAGAAUGCAACUUCUUGCAACAGUAAAUUCUAUCAACCUGAGGAUGUUGGAGGUGUGCAUGACAACACGAGGACAGAGCUUCAAUUCCAAAGAGAAGAGCCCUUCAGUUCUAAACUUCCUAUGGGCAGGGUGGUUGUGCUGGCUUUGAUGGCUGCACCAAAUUGCCCAUGGAGGAAUGCUAAAAGGGUGGGGAAAUCUACAACAGACAAACGUGGUGCCACUGGGGGCAAAAAGAUUCAUUAACUCAUUUCAAUUUUUUCUUUUCUUUCCUUUAGGAUGUAAGGAGCAAUCAAGAGCUCAUCUUUUAUAUACACAAUACUAUGCUAUGUGGGUGGCCCUAACAUUCUAGGGGAGACAAAGGUUUUACCUGUAAAAUUCGCCUUAUAUGCAACAGCUUUCUCAAGGUAUGCGCCG